UUUUCUGGUUUAAUUAUGGCGGCAACGGAGGGAACGGAUGGGCUCUUGCCGUUCUCUGUGGUGUCUGUCGUGGAAGAUGUUCUGAAGCAGCAUGGAACUCGAUUGAGCGACUUUGAUUUGGCGUCAAGGAAGGCAGAGGAAGCAUCCUUAAGAAGGUAUGAAGCAGCUGGAUGGCUGCGAAAAGCAGUUGGUGUGGUUGGGGGAAAAGAUUUGCCGGCCGAACCCUCCGAAGAAGAAUUCCGGCUUGGCUUACGGAGUGGAAUCAUCCUUUGCAAUGUUCUCAACAAGAUUCAACCCGGGGCCGUGCCAAAGGUUGUCGAAGGCCCGUGUGAUUCUGCUAUUGUUCCUGAUGGGGCAGCUUUAUCUGCCUUCCAGUAUUUUGAAAAUGUUAGAAACUUCCUUGUAUCUGUGGAGGAAUUGGGGCUUCCAACAUUCGAUGCCUCCGAUUUGGAGCAGGGAGGGAAGUCUGCGCGGAUUGUGAACUGUGUUCUGGCACUAAAAUCGUAUGGUGACUGGAAGCAAGGAGGUGGGAAUGGUUUGUGGAAAUUUGGCGGAAAUGUGAAACCUGCUACCUCAGCAAAACACUUCAUGCGGAAAAAUUCAGAACCAUUCAUGAAUUCCUUUUCGAGGACUUCAUCGAUUGGUGAAAGAUCUCUAGAUGGUUUAUCUAGUGACCAAGACUUGUGUGGUGAUCUGGGCCAUGACUUCAGUGAAAUGGGUAACUCUCGUUCUUUAAAUAUGCUCGUUCGUGCAGUCCUUUUGGAUAAGAAGCAAGAAGAGAUUCCAAUUAUUGUGGAAUCUAUGCUAAGCAAGGUUAUGGAGGAGUUUGAGCAUCGGUUGACAAGCCAAAACGAUCUGAUGAAAAAAAAUCUGAAAGAUAUAAAUGUUUUUAUCCCUAACAAGGUUCUCUCAAGAUCUGCUUCUGAGGAAGCGAAGGUUGAGGACAAAACUUCACCUAAGACAGCCAAAGAGGACUGCUGCAAUCAAAGCGGCGUUCACGAUGAGGGAUCAGAAACCCAGCUUUUGAAACAGAUAACAUUGCUUGAACAACAACAAAGAGAUAUUAGGGAACUGAAACAUACUCUUCAUAAUACCAAAGCAGGUUUCCAGUUCAUGCAAAUGAAGUAUGUAGAGGAAUUCAAUAAUUUAGGUAAGCACCUGUAUGGCCUAGCUCAUGCAGCUUCAGGAUACCAAAGAGUUCUUGAGGAAAACCGCAAGUUAUACAAUCAAGUGCAGGACCUCAAAGGAAGUAUCAGGGUUUAUUGUCGAGUGCGACCCUUCUUACAUGGGCAAUCAACUCGUUAUAACACUGUGGAUCACAUGGGAGAUGGAAAUAUUACUAUUGUCACCCCUUCGAAAUAUGGGAAGGAAGGGCGGAGGUCAUUUAGUUUUAACAAAGUCUUUGGUCCAUCUGCAACUCAAGAGGAGGUAUUUGCAGACACCCAGCCUCUAAUUAGAUCAGUCCUUGAUGGCUACAAUGUUUGUAUAUUUGCAUAUGGCCAAACUGGAUCAGGAAAAACUUAUACUAUGAGUGGACCCAAAGAACUUAAAGAGGAAAACCUCGGUGUGAACUACAGGGCACUCAGUGAUCUUUUUCAUCUAUCCGAACAGAGAAAAGACACCAUUUGCUAUGAUAUUUCUGUCCAGAUGAUUGAGAUUUACAAUGAACAAGUGAGGGACCUCCUUGUGACAGACGGUAAAAUCCGUAACAGUUCUCAAAAUGGAAUAAAUGUACCAGAUGCAAGUCUUGUUCCUGUUUCCUCAACAUCAGAUGUUAUUUAUUUAAUGAGCCUUGGGCAAAGGAACCGUGCUGUGAGUUCUACAGCCCUUAAUGACCGGAGUAGCCGUUCUCAUAGCUGCCUUACAGUUCAUGUCCAGGGAAGAGACCUGACUUCCGGAGCCAUACUUCGUGGUAGUAUGCAUCUGGUUGACUUGGCUGGAAGUGAAAGGGUAGAUAAAUCUGAGGUGACUGGGGACAGGUUAAAGGAGGCGCAACAUAUAAACAAGUCUCUUUCUGCUUUAGGAGAUGUGAUUGCUUCUCUUGCUCAGAAGAAUCCACAUGUUCCAUAUAGGAACAGCAAACUCACACAACUUUUGCAAGAUUCACUUGGAGGGCAAGCCAAGACUCUAAUGUUUGUUCACAUGAACCCGGAGGCUGAUGCUUUAGGAGAGACUCUUAGCACGCUCAAAUUUGCUGAACGGGUUUCUACUGUGGAGCUUGGUGCUGCUCGCGUAAACAAAGACAGUGCAGAUGUCAAAGAGCUAAAAGAGCAGAUUGCUAGCCUCAAGGCUGCCUUGGCAAGGAAGGAGGGAGAACCAGAGCAACUCCUAAGUUCAAGAUCUAGCAGCCCAGAAAGAGUCAGAACGAAGCCUGGUGGGAGUUCUCCUUCACAAAAUAGUUGGCAUGGUGUAGGAGAUAUAUCAGGCAACUGCAGGCUAGCAAUGGACGAUGUCGGUAAUGUAGAGGUGCAGAACAACUCUGCAUCAAAUCCAAAAAGGCAAAGCCUUGAUCUCCAAGACUUAUUGAUGGGUUCACCUCCCUGGCCUCCAGCUGGCAAUCCUGGGCUGAAUUUCCAAAAGGAGGACGAUAGAGAGACAGGAUCUGGUGAUUGGGUUGAUAAGGUCAUGGUGAACAAGCAUGACAGUUUAGAUAGUCUAGGACAUUGGGAAGAAGAGAACAGACAGUUACCCGAGAUGUUUUAUCAGAAGUAUCUCCCUGAUCCUUCAAAGAUAUAUCCGGAACAACCUUAUAACAAAUUUUCAGCAACCAAGAAGGAUAGCCGAGAAUGCGAUGCCCAGAGGGUUCGGUAUGAAACAGAUUCUGAUGAUUUCGAGGCUGCUACAAGUGAUUCUUCAGAGACAGAUUUGCUUUGGCAAUUAAAUGUUUCUAAAGUGACCAAUAUUCCCAAUGGGCUGGGUUUGAAAACCAAAAGUCCUCCUCCAAAACCUGCCAAGAGCCUGGAAACAAGGAGUUUAAUUCCAACACUGGGUCCUUCCCCAUCUCGGAAACUAUCCAAUGGGCUUGGCCCUCCUUUGCACAGAACAGGCAGGCAGGCAGUCUCAAUAGAUGCUAAGCGAAAAGCUUUGAAAGGGAAGUGAAAAUGGUGCAAUCAAGUGGUGAGUGGGUGAUCUUGUGAUUUUCAUUUUUUUUUUUUUUGUUUAUGGAAAGUGUAGGUAGAGAGAUAGAGAGAGCUUUUUUCACAUGUUGAAGUGGCAAUAACUACUAUUGCCUAUAUUCUUUGGGUGGUGACUAAAGCAUAUGGUACCUACCCGGGGCAAGUUUCAGUAUGUUUAUAUGAGUGUUGAUUUUGCAAUUCUUUGUUUUGUUCAGUGCUAUAUAAAAGAAAAUAGGGGAAAAAAGAAA